AUGACUCGCAGACGACGCUCACAAAUUCAACAGCAGCAAAAUGAAGAAGAAAACUCAGAGAAAGAGGAGGAAAUGAAUAACGAUGACGAGCGAGAAGUUAAAAUGGAAGUCAGCGUUGGAGGAGAAAGAUUCUUUCAUCCGGAGGAACUGAAGCAGUUGGUUCCAGUUUUCAAAGAAGGAAUCGAUGUCAAACAAUGGAUUGAAGCCUUCGAUCAUUAUCGGAAGCUGUAUUUGUGGAGUGAAAAGUCAACACUACUUUACGCGUCGUGCCGAUUAGCAGGAGCCGCUCAUCAAUGGUUCUUGGGCGUCCAGCAGCAAAUUUCGUCUUGGAGAGAUUUCAAGCGGAUGAUCUUACUGGCUUUUCCGGUUCGUGAAGAUGAAGUGGAUAUUCAUCGGAAGUUAUCGAGAUGUAUCAAAGACUCGAAAGAAUCAUAUGACAACUACGUUUUUCGGAUGAAUGCGCUGGGACAGAAAGGCAAGCUCAGCAACGCUGCGAUUAUCAAAUACACAAUUAGUGGUCUUUCGUACGAUGCACUUUAUCCAAGCAUCGCGUCUCGGCAGUACGAUAGUAUAUACGAGCUGCUAAAUCAGAUCCGAUACUGUGAAGCGAACCAGGAACUGUUCAAGCGCCGUAGUUUACCGGCAAGGAGCCAGAAGUUUCAACCGACAGUUAUCAAUACGACACCGAAGAAGCCACAGGAAGAAAACCAAACAUCGAUACAGGCGAUCCCGAUCAAACGAAGCGACGAGUGUUACAAUUGUCAUGGCUCGGGACAUAUUUCGAUUAAUUGUCCCCAACCUCAACGACGACCAAGGUGCGGUGUAUGCAGAAAGGUUGGACACGAAGAGCAGAACUGUUUCAAGCGGAAUCAGGGCGAUCAAAGAGGUGAACGUCAGCAACCAGUCGAAUCGGCAAAUCAAUCAUCAGAAGCCGGUGGAAGCAGCAGAAACACGGCGUACACAAUUGGCGUGAAGGAAAAAACGAAACGAACGACGAACGAGGAAUGCAAGUUUUUGGAAGUGGACCCAAAUUCGAUGUUGGCGUGUGACGUCAUCAUUGGUGGACGGUUGAAAACCAUGAAGGCGAUGGCGGACUCAGUUAAUAGGGCUAGCGAUAGGGAUCUAGUAGGUGUGAAUGAUUCUAAAAUACAAAUAGUAGGUACGUACUCGACUAGUAUUGUGAUCGAUUCAUUUGUUUAUGUCGCAAAUUUGACAAUAGUUACCGAUACCACGAUGAAAGUAGAUUUGCUUAUGGGCCGAAGAUUCCUUCAGGAUAAUGGUUUACGCGGAUUAACGUUUCGUCGUGAAGUUGCAUAUGAUGUCGAAGCGAUGAAGAAUGUUUUUGAUGGCGAAGUGGAUAGUAGUAUUUUACUUGUCGAUGAAAAAGUAUAUCUCGACACCGGUGAUACAGUCGAAACGAGAUCGCUGAGUGGUAAGGCUUACGAACUUUUCGAACGUAAUUAUUUGAACCGCGAAAAACCAGGCGAGUCUUUGAUUAAGCAUUGCGUGGAGAUAAAAUUAAAGGAAGAUCGUUACUAUAAUGCAACCCCUCUACGUCUUAGCGAUUAUGAACGUAAGCAGCAGAAUAGAAUCGUGCAGGAAAUGAUGUCCAAUGGGAUAGUGCGUGAAAGCGAUUCUCCGUAUUCUAGUCGCGUUGUUUUAACUCGGAAGAAGAAUGGCGAAUAUCGUCUUUGUGUUAAUUUCGAACCGUUAAAUAAAUUAGUGGAACGCGAUCAUUUUCCAUUACCGAUCAUUGAAGACCAAAUCGCGAAGCUACAGGAUCGUAAAUAUUUUACGUCGCUCGAUAUGAAAAAUGGAUUUUACCACGUGGACAUUGCGGAAAACUCAAGAAAAUAUCUUUCAUUUGUUACGGAAGAAGGACAGUAUGAAUUUAAUAAGUUGCCAUUUGGAUAUACGAAUUCCCCGUCGAUAUUUGCGCGGUACGUGAUGAAGGUUUUGAAGAAAUAUGUAGAAUCGGGCGAGAUUGUAGUAUUCAUUGAUGACAUUCUUGUGAGUACGGUUACAAUUGAUGAACAUUUUGAUUUAUUAUCCAGACUUUUUCGUACUUUAGCGGAUAAUCACAUUGAGCUUAACAUGAAAAAGUGUUCAUUCCUUAAAACCGGCGUAGAGUUUCUUGGUUAUUACGUGACGUUUAACCAAAUUCGUCCUAGUAAUCGACUCAUUGAGAACAAUCGUCGUGGAUCAGAUUUUAAGUUCGAAGCGAAACAUUUUGAGUCAUUCGAGAGACUUAAGGAAGCGUUGAUAUCGAAACCAGUUCUUAGUAUUUACAGUCCGAAACUUGAAACGCAGCUUCAUACGGACGCGUCUUCGAAUGGUUUUGGUGGUAUACUCGUACAGCAUCAAGCAUAA